CGAUGUGUGCGUAAAAGUGAAUAUUUUCUCUACAAAGAAAAUUAAUUAUUUUAUAUUAAAAAGAGUUUCUUUUUCGCUAAAACAAUCAACAAUUUGCAAAUUAAUCGAUGUAUGAUUCGGAAAAAUUGAAAACGAAACCAAAUUGAUGUGGACAAAUCGUCAAAAAUUUGUGUUGAAAAUCGAUGAAGUUUCCAUAGAGCUGCUGUGCUAUCGUCAAAGUUUCUUGAAAAACAUCAAUUUUUCCCGUUUCGUUAUGAUUGUGCGUAGUAGUAUGUAGAAGUGUUUCAAAACAAUAUAUGCCGUUAUAUGGAGAUUGCAUCAUAUGACACUGAGUAAUGACAAUCAAAACAAAAAGAAAGUUUUUUCUGUUAUAUGCUGUGAACUGCGUUUAUGAGUGAAUGUGGUACAAAACGCAACUGAACUAGUAGUUAAUUAGCAAAUACAAUUUAGUUUUCAAGACUUAAUCAAUUAAAAUUAUCAAAUAUGAUUUCGAUCAAAGUAAUCACGGUGUUUAUAUUGCACUGUGUUUUAUUUCGUGAAAUUGCCGGAAAUCCUGACGCAAAACGCUUGUACGACGAUUUAUUAAGCAAUUAUAAUCGUUUGAUUCGACCAGUUAGCAAUAACACACAAACGGUUCUUGUUAAACUUGGAUUACGUUUGUCACAAAUCAUGGAGUUGAAUUUAAAAGACCAAAUUCUGACUACGAACGUUUGGCUCGAGCACGAAUGGGAUGACUACAAAUUGAAAUGGGAUCCAAGCGAAUAUGGUGGGCAAAUCGAGUUGUACGUUCCAGCCGAACACAUUUGGCUGCCGGAUAUUGUUUUGUAUAACAACGCUGAUGGCGAGUAUGUCGUAACAACCCUGACUAAGGCAGUACUUCACUACACCGGAAAAGUGUAUUGGACCCCACCUGCAAUAUUUAAGAGCUCGUGCGAAAUUGACGUGAGAUAUUUUCCAUUCGAUCAACAAACGUGCUUCAUGAAAUUCGGCUCUUGGACGUAUGACGGCGAUCAAAUUGAUUUAAAGCACAUAAAUCAAACGAAAGACGAUAAUAAAGUGGACUUAGGCAUCGAUUUACGAGAAUUCUAUCCGAGUGUUGAAUGGGAUGUUUUAGGUGUACCGGCCGAAAGACAUGAAAAAUAUUAUUCAUGCUGCGCUGAACCAUAUCCGGAUAUUUUUUUCAACAUCACAUUGCGGCGAAAGACCCUUUUCUACACGGUUAACUUAAUCAUUCCGUGUGUUGGCAUUUCGUAUUUGUCUGUGUUGGUAUUUUAUUUGCCAGCCGAUUCAGGUGAAAAGAUUGCCCUUUGCAUCAGUAUUUUACUGUCUCAAACUAUGUUUUUCUUGCUGAUUUCGGAAAUUAUACCGUCAACAUCAUUGGCAUUACCGUUGCUUGGAAAAUAUCUCCUCUUUACUAUGGUGCUGGUCGGGCUGAGUGUAUUGGUCACAAUUAUAAUAUUGAAUAUACACUAUCGAAAGCCAAGCACCCAUAAAAUGGCACCAUGGGUUCGAAGUUUUUUCAUAAAAAUACUACCGAGAUUGUUAUUGAUGCGUGUGCCAAAAGAUUUGCUUCGUGAUUUGGCCGCAAAGAAAAUCAACUAUGGCAUCAAAAUGAAAAAGUCCAAAUUUACAGCAGCAUUAACAGCCGAAAUGCAAUUAAAUUCGGGCGGUUCGAGUCCCGAUUCAAUUCGAGCGAUGCAAGGACGUGGAUGCAAUGGAUUACACACAACAAUAGCAACAAAUCGUUUUAGCGGUGCAUUGAUGAGUGCUUUUGGCAAUGCAAGCGGCUACAAUGGAUUGCCGUCCGUAAUGUCUGGCUUAAAUGAGUCACUAAGUGACAUGGCACCACGCAAAAAGUACCCAUUCGAAUUGGAAAAAGCAAUGCACAAUGUCAUGUUCAUUCAACAUCGAAUGCAAAAGGUUGAUGAAUUUAAUGCGGAAGAUCAAGAUUGGGGCUUCGUUGCCAUGGUGUUGGAUCGUUUGUUUUUGUGGCUUUUUAUGUUGGCAUCUGUUUUUGGUACAUUCGUCAUACUGUGCGAAGCACCCAGCUUGUAUGAUGACACUCAACCAAUCGACACUGAGCUGUCGAUAAUCGCGAAGCAAAUUUUCAAUUUAAGUCUUCACAAUAAAUAUUAAAUUUUUGUCGAAUCAAAACAACACAUAACUCACAUACUGAUAUACAAACAAUAAUACACGACUCCAUUGACGAUAUGACGGUGGUAAUAACCAAUAAUUCAAAACUAAAAUUAUAACCAUGCCGACAAACAAAUUACUGGAUUCAACACCACAAAUACAAAAGUUGAGAUAUCAAGCAUAUGCAGAUGUAGUAGCAAAUGUAUGUUUUAUCAAUCACAAAUGCAGAUUUAAUUCCGUAAGAAUAAUAAUACAUUCGUAAACAAACACACUUGCAUUUUAAACAUUAGCAUACAAUUUCAUCGCCUCAUACACAAUUAACAACAUUUACAUAUUUUAAUGUUCAACACAACAGUCGUAAACCAUAUACAUUUUAAAAUAAUCACUUCUGUAAAUCGAUGUUGAACGUCACAAAACAGUAUUCAUAGUAAAGCUCUCUUUACUUUAUUGAACAUCAAUUUUAUGUCAUAGUUAACUAUAACUUCUGAAUUUGAAGGGAAAUCUUUCAUUGUAAGUCUUGAUUUUUGCUUCAAUGAUUUUUUUUAAAUUUGGAUUAAGAAAAACAAAAUAACACCAUCAAAAUUUAAGUUUUUUUAAAUCAAAGUGAUUCUCUGUUUAGACUAAAAUUUAGGUGAAAAUUUAUAGAAAACAAUAUAAGCGAAAUCCAGGAAAUUAAUAAAAUGAAUCUAGUUACGUGGAA